UUUCGAUUUCAUUUAUAAGUGUCGAGCGUUCAUCACAUUUAAAGCAAAAGCCGAAACAGCAAUAGCAGCGAAAUUUUCGUGUUGAAAGUUAUUUUAAAGAAAAUAAAACAGUAAAUAAAACAAACAAAAUGGUUCGCCGUGGACGUUCAGCCAGCCCCCCGCCCUCCGCCCGACGCAGCGCACCUGCGCCCGCUCCCGCACCUGUGCCGGCACGUGCCGCCGCCCCUCCACCACCGCCAGCUCCAGUGGCCGCUCCACCCAGCGCCGUUGGCAUGCCGGCACCCCAGCAGCCAUCCAUGUUCCAGCAGAUGGCCGCCACCGCCGGCGGUGUGGCUGUUGGCUCGGCCAUUGGCCAUACCGUGGGCCAUGGACUCACCUCGCUGUUUAGCGGAUCUGGCGAUAAGGAGGCCGCCGCUCCAGCCCCAGCCGCAGCUGCUCCGGCACCCCAACAACAAUACUAUGCCCAGCAGCCGCAGCAGCAGAUGGAGCCGCAGGGUGCCUGCGCCUGGGAGCUCAAACAGUUCAUCCAGUGCGCCCAGGGACAGGCGGAUCUGACUCUCUGCGAGGGAUUCAACGAGGCGCUGCGGCAGUGCAAGCAGGCGCAUCAUCUCCAGUAAAGAGUCCCCCAUUGAAGCAGCAGUUGGAAUCUGGUCAGAUCAUCGGAUCAGAACUGUCUGCUCUUCGUUUAGUUCUUAAUUGUUUGAUGAGAGAGCAUUGUUUUUAAUUGUAGUGAAAAAAAAGUAAGAAAAUGUUAAAUAGAAAAUCCCACUGGCAGCCCCUUUGAGCUAUCCCAACUCUACCCCUAAAAAAACAAACUAAAAAACAAACCCUCGGGGCUGUCAAUGAGGGCCAAACAAACCAAA